UCCGGGCUCUGUUCAUCUGAAGAAGGGAAAUCGGUCCACAGCUACACACAGACACACACCACUCGGAGGAAGUGGUUGAGAGGAUUUUAUAGACUGAAAGAAGGGUGAAGGUGGAGGAUCCUGCUUUGUAUUGUGUUGUUGUGACAGUGAAGUACCUACAGCAGAGCAUCGGUACACAUAGUGCCAGCCAGGAUGAUUCUGGCCAAACUGAAAGACGUGGGGAGGCAGCUCCUGCGGGUGAAGGUGGUCGACUGUAACGCCGAGGACUCCCGCUUGUGUCGAUGCCUCAACACGUUCGAUCUGGUGGCCCUCGGGGUCGGCAGCACGCUGGGGGCCGGCGUCUACGUGCUCGCCGGCGCGGUGGCCCGAAGCAGCUCCGGACCUGCCAUCGUCCUCUCCUUCCUCAUCGCCGCCCUGGCGUCCGUCCUCGCCGGUCUGUGCUACGCCGAGUUCGGCGCCCGUGUCCCCAAAACCGGCUCGGCCUACCUCUACAGCUACGUGACCGUGGGAGAACUGUGGGCCUUCAUCACGGGCUGGAACCUCAUCCUCUCUUACAUCAUCGGAACUUCAAGCGUGGCCAGAGCGUGGAGCGCGACCUUUGACGAGCUGAUUGGACGGCACAUUGAGAUAUUCUGCAGACAAUACAUGACCAUCAAGGCCCCGGGCAUCCUGGCAGAGUACCCGGACAUAUUUGCAGUCUUCAUCAUCAUCACUCUGACGGGACUGCUUGUAUUCGGAGUGAAGGAGUCGGCCGUGGUAAAUAAAGUGUUCACCUGCAUCAACGUGCUGGUGCUGCUGUUUGUGGUCAUCUCUGGCAUGGUGAAGGGGAACCUGGAGAACUGGAACGUGGACCCUGAAAAGAUCCUCAACUUCACCAGAAACUCCAGCCUCAACAUGACUUAUGAUUUGCCAUCAAAAGAAUCGCUUGGUGAGGGCGGUUUUAUGCCGUUUGGCUUCUCCGGAGUCCUCUCUGGUGCCGCCACAUGUUUUUAUGCCUUCAUCGGGUUUGACUGCAUCGCCACUACAGGAGAGGAGGUGAAGAACCCCCAGAGGGCCAUCCCUGUCGGGAUCGUGGCCUCACUCCUCAUCUGUUUCGUGGCGUACUUCGCCGUGUCCGCUGCGCUCACCGUGAUGAUGCCGUACUACCUGCUGGACAAGAACAGCCCUCUGCCCGUGGCCUUUAAGUACGUGGGCUGGGAGGGAGCCACGUACGCCGUGGCCAUUGGCUCUUUGUGUGCCCUGUCCACCAGUUUACUAGGCUCCAUGUUCCCAAUGCCCAGAGUGAUCUGGGCCAUGGCAGAAGACGGGCUGCUCUUCAAAUGUUUGGCUAAAAUCAGCGAACGAACCAAAACCCCUCUAACAGCUACAAUAACAUCGGGUGUUGUGGCAGCCGUGAUGGCUUUCCUGUUUGACCUGAAGGACCUGGUUGACCUGAUGUCCAUCGGCACCCUGCUGGCCUACACCCUGGUCGCUGCCUGUGUGCUGGUCCUCAGGUACCAGCCCGUGCAGCCCAGUGCGUCCUACGAGAUGGCCAACACUCAGGAGGAGCCGGACAUCAGCGAGUCGUGUAGCGAGGUGAACAUCGACAUGCUGCCCCCGCCCGCAGAUCGCCUCACCAUCAGGAACCUGCUUUCCCCCUCGAACACCGAACCUUCCCCACUGUCUGGCUCCAUUGUGAAUGUUUGCACCAGUAUCCUCGGUGUGUUGGUGUUUGUCUUCAGCAUUGUGGCGGUUCAUGGAGGGAUGGCGCCCUGGUCUCUGACCAUCCUCACCAUCAUCACGUUGAUCUGUCUGGUUCUCUGCGGCAUCGUGUGCCGACAACCUCAGAGCAAGACCAAGCUCGCCUUCAAGGUUCCCCUGCUGCCCUUUCUCCCAGUCAUCAGUAUGUUUAUUAACGUUUACCUGAUGAUGCAGCUGGACAGAGGAACCUGGCUGCGGUUUGCCAUCUGGAUGGCUUUAGGUUUUGUUAUCUACUUUGGCUACGGCAUUCGAAACAGCGCAGAGGCCACGUCGAACAAGUCCGGCCCCUACAAGCCAUCCAGCACGAUGAUGGAGCCCAUGACCAAGGAGAAGAUGGCCUUCCUGCAUGACGGGCAGAGCGCCAACGCAGACGAUGAAGAUGACGACGAAGAUUGAGGAAACAGGAGGUUCCCUAAUCAACUCUAUUCUGCGUAUAUAUUAAAAUAAUGACGUGCGUCAGAAAUCGCUGUAAAUCCAGGAGACGUAUGGAGACUCGUGUGAACCCGUCACUCAGAGAAUUACUUUUUUUUUUUUAUUAAAUUGUCUAAUUUGGCUGAUUGACUCCGUAAAAGAUGAGAUGAAUAUCUGGAAACCAAGACUUUAAGUCAAGAAAACAAAAUUUGUAUAGAUAAAAUGGACUUUUUAUGUUUUAACCAUUUUGAUAUGAUACCUUUUUACUGAGCACAAAUGAAGCUGUGGAUAGGACCCAGAGCAGAUGUACAAUACGUGCAGUACAGAUGUGUAUUGGAAACGUUUAUUUUGGUUCCUUCAUCUACAGGAACAUUUAUUUUACGAUUGUUAUUUUUUCUUUUUUUUAAAGUUAUAUUCGAGCUUGAACUUUUUUGAGAGUUCAGUAUCUGUUACUUUCCUGAUGAGGACCGAUGCUGAACAAUGAACAACCCCCCCACACCUAGUGAUCAGCUGCUGGUUCAUCACAAGAUCAUUUUAUCAGUAAAUUAAACGACAGGAUGUCACUGUGACUUUUAAUAAGUACAUAAUUACAAACUAUAGAAGCUUUUUUAAUGGAAUGCAGCUCAACUUGGCUUUCGGCGACUUCGCUUGGCAGAUUUCCUGGUAGAUUUUUGUCACUCAUCUUGCCGGGUUACUACUUUUUACAUCCACAUCCUUUUCCGUUGCAUUUGAAUGUUUAAUUAAGAAUGUGUAAAUAAUAAUUCCUCAAAUCACAGCUGAUGAAUUCCACUGUGUUGUAAAGGGAUGACUGCUGUUACUGGGGAAAGUUCUAGAAAACACAACUGUGUGUCUUUUAUUUUUAUACAAUAACUGUGGAGCUCGGACAGUCACAGCAUGGUGCUACGUACAUUAUUGUGAUUGAAGAGGUUGAGGUUUUGUAUUUGUGCUCGUGCUCAAGGCACAAACAUUUAUCUGCGGAGGUCCGGUCGUCUCUCGCUUUAACAGAAGAUACGAACACAAAAUCCAAAACACAACUUCAAAAGCCACACAAUGGAAACACAAUCACAACGGAUGAGAUUAACAACAGACGCUGGCGAUGAAAUGAGCAGUGUAACUUCCUGCUGUCGGGUCACGAUCUGUCAUUUGUGAAAAAUCCCUCAAAUUUGGAUGCUUUUCUAUUUGAGGAGUUACGGUAUAGGUGCCUUUUUGUAUACCUUUUUUACCGUAAAACUUCAAAUAAACAAGCAUCGUGUUUUAAGCGGCGAUUGGAUUGUCCAGGUUUUCGAUCGCAUCAGGUUACUCCUCUCCUUACAUCGUUAAGAAUACGUUGUUGCUCGCUUCCGAUGAGAUUGUGUUGCUUUUGCAUUUGUGUUUUCUGUUGAUGUCACUUGUGUGAGACAUCUCGGCAGCUGUAUGUAUCAGUGAUAUACGGCCCUACACCACAUGGCAGUGAUGUCUCUACCAGGGAACUGCACUUUUUACCUUGUCAACGUAACACAAGUUAAAGAAGCUGCUAAUGUGACUGGAUUCAUUGGAUAUUUAAAGGGAGGUAUUUAAGUGCGUGUGGGCCAAAUUAAUGUAAAACCUUUAAGAGGCCUGACCUGCUACGAUUGUGAAAUGUGUGUAUAUAUAUAUAUAUAUAUAAACUGUGUAAUCUGUAUAUAAUGUACACUCUGGAUUUUUGAAAAUCCUAUAUGUAAAUACACAUAAGAGAAAUUGAGCAAUGUCAGAGGAUUUACCUGAUUUUUUAGUUUGCACUAACUGACUAACUUAAAAUGCAAACAGGUAAAUAAUCACUCUUCCCUUUUUAAAUGAACUCUAAGUUAAACUAUUGUUGUUGUUUUGACCUGUACCCUGAAUUGUGUUAAUUUAAUUGGAUUAUAUGGUAAAAAAGACAAAGCUGCUGUAUUUCCUCUAUUGACGUAAUUUAAAAGUUUAGAAUACUAGAUGUAAAUAACACGUAUACAUCAAGAUAUUGAAUCAGCAUUAAGAAGUGAGAUGAAUCUGUAAUAAUAAUUCGUUUUCUUUGCACUUAUUUAAAGUAAAACAGAUGUAUUAUUACUUGAAAGGCUAAUUUUCUACAUUUAAAUAUUUGUAAAUACGGUUUUGAUUGAUUUAUUUUAAGUUACUGCCCGUAGUACAAGUUUUACAACUAUCAGCUUGCAUCUAAAACCAUUUGUUACUGACAUCAUGUGAAGUAAAUCACACUGAUUCAUUGUGUCCGCACUGAAAUACGUGUUGUGCGUUUGUUUUGUAAGAACCAGACCAGGGAGAUGUUCUCGAGGUCAACACGAUCUUCACUGAUGUUGUGUCUUUUUUUAUAUCGUUGCCGCGUCGAGUUGUUGAAACCACAACAGUUUGGAUGUUUGUCCUUGGAACUGUCUCUUCUGUGUAAACCGUUUAUCUGCAUGGGGACGUAUUUAGAGGUCGGAGCGGCGCGGUUCAGAUCUCCAGCUUCUCUAUAGCUGCCCUUUUUCGUUGGUUGCAGUUUGUAUAGUUUUCUGCUGUAAAUAAAUAAUGCUGAAAUUUAAAGCCA